AUGAAGGUUCAAACUAGUGCAGCUCUUCUCAUUUCCUCUUGGGUCCCAGCUACCUACGCUUGGGGUACCUUGGGGCAUUACACUGUUGGAUACGUUGCCACUAACUUCGUCUCUACCGCCACAAAGACCUAUUUCCAAGACAUUUUGGGUGAUACCAGCACAGAUUAUUUGGCCUCUGUUGCUACCUGGGCUGAUUCAUACCGAUACACCACUGCUGGAACUUUCUCGGCACCUUUCCAUUACAUUGAUGCUCAAGAUAGCCCACCUACUUCUUGUGGCGUUUCAUACUCCAGAGAUUGUGGGUCUGCAGGAUGUGUCAUUAGUGCCAUCAACAACUACACAACCAUCUUACAAAAGGGCACUGCAAGUGCUGCCAAUUUGGACAUUGCUGCCAAGAUGAUCAUUCACGUAUGUUCUGAUUUCCUCUCCCAAUUCUGGAUUCCAUCAUGUCUCCAUUCUCCCUAUUCUACAUGUCAUUUUCAAGGCACAUGGACAUCUCGCACAAAAAAGAUGCUCCGUACCAUUUUUGUCCCCACGUGGGCGAACCGUCAAUAUAUCCAUAACCACCCCUUGCUCAUACAUCCUAGUUUCUCGGCGACAUCCACCAACCUCUCCACGAUGAAAACCUCGAUGUAGGUGGUAACACCAUCUCCGUUACCUACGCCGGCAAAAAAACCAACCUUCAUUCAAUUUGGGACACUGCUAUUCCCGAACAAUACACUGGCGGUUACGCACUUUCUGAUGCCAAGACAUGGGCAGCAACUCUUACCACCGCCAUUAAAACCGGAACAUAUUCUUCCUUGAAAGCAGGCUGGACUAAAAAUAUCGAUAUCGAUGACCCAGUUACUUCCUCAAUGGUUUGGGCAUCUGAUACAAAUGCCUAUGUUUGCAGUACUGUUUUGGUAGAUGGAGUUUCCGCGGUCGAGUCAGGUGAUUUGAGCACCAAUGGAUAUUACACAGCCGCGAUCCCAGUCGUUAAGUUGCAGAUUGCCAAGGCAGGAUACAGACUUGCAGCUUGGUUGGACUUGAUUGCUACUGGUACCACUAACCUCUAA